AUGGCGACAACGACUAUUUCUUCCUUCUCUCUCUCUCUUCCUCGACCUAUCCGUAAUAAACCCACAAGCCCUUCUCCAUUCCUCUUCGUUCUUCCUCGAUUCAAUUACCUUCGGAGAUUUCGGACUCUUACUCUCACUGCUUCCGCUGCAACUUCUUCAAACAGCAGUAAUCGUGACGAUGGCUUCUCUCUCGACGAUUUCACACUCCAUUCUGAUUCUCGAUCACCUAACCUAUAUAAGAAAUGCAUACUUGCAGAUCUUAUCCAAGAGAUAGAACCAUUAGAUGUGAGUCUAAUUCAAAAGGAUGUUCCAGUCACAACUUUGGAUGCAAUGAAAAGAACAAUCUCAGGAAUGUUGGGUCUUCUUCCAUCUGAUAGGUUUCAAGUUCAUAUCGAAUCGCUUUGGGAACCUUUGUCCAAGCUAUUGGUAUCUUCUAUGAUGACUGGGUAUACAUUGAGGAAUGCUGAAUAUCGGCUUUUUCUUGAAAAGAACCUCGACUUGCAUGGUGAAGACUUGGAAAGCCAAACUCCAGAAAAUACUGAUUACGAUUUGAAAGGGAGGUUUCCUGAUGAUAAAGAACUGGAUGAGAUUUUCGACGAAAAUAAUGUUUCAUCCACAAAGGAUAGCAAAACUCAGAGCCUUUCUGAAAUGUUUGAUAAAGAAGGUCUGGGCAGAGUAUCCUCUGAAGCUCAAGAAUUUAUCUUUCGUUUGCAGUCACAAUUGUCUUCUGUGAAAAAGGAAUUACAAGAAGCGAGGCGAAAAAAUGCUGCCCUUCAAAUGCAACAGUUUGUUGGUGAAGAGAAGAAUGAUUUGCUAGACUAUUUAAGAUCUUUGGAACCUGAGAAGGUAGCUGAGUUGUCAGAACCCGCUUCUCCGGAGGUGAAAGAGACAAUUCAUUCUGUUGUUCACGGUCUUCUCGCAACUCUAUCACCGAAGAUGCACUCCAAGUUACCAGCAUCAGAAGGUCCACCUACUGAAACAGUAAAAGCAAAAAGUGAUGAAGAUUGGGCUGAACUUGUAGAAAACACUUCACUUCAGUUCCAGCCUCUUAUCUCACUGACUCGAGACUACCUUGCUCGUCUUCUCUUCUGGUGCAUGCUGUUGGGACAUUAUCUCAGAGGUUUGGAAUAUCGAAUGGAACUAAUGGAGGUUCUGUCUUUGACGCGCGAUGCCAAUGGGUCUGAGAACGUUGCUUGA